AUGGGAUAUAGGUUGUAGAGUAUGAAAUGAGUGUUUUCUCUUAUUAAAUCUACAUACACUCUAUAGGUACUUGGUACUAAAACGUUACAUGAAAUUUUGGCAGAACGAGACAAAAUUGAUACAGUUAUUCAGGUACAGAAACAAGUUUUCGUUUUUCAUUCAGUUUAUGAUAACUUUCUGUUUUUUUAGACUAGUCUCGACGAAGCGACUGAUCCCUGGGGUGUCAAAGUUGAACGAGUAGAAGUAAAAGAUGUUCGUCUUCCUGUUGCACUGCAGAAAGCGAUGGCAGCUGAAGCCGAAGCACGAGCUCUGAUUAGAUUAGAGUUCUGA